CUUUUGAGAGUGUUCAAUUGUGCGUAGCGUUGCUGUAGUUGGAACACUCAACGUUAAGCAAUAUGCCGCAUAAUGCUGUAAUUGGAAAGCUACCUAAUACACGUUCCUAUUAAGCAUCAACAUAAUUCGGCAUUGUGCGGCACUGAGUCGCAUUAUGCUCUGUAAUUGGAAAGCAACCAUGAUAUACACCACAGUUCUGGAAAAGACGCCGACAGAGCCCAUUACGACCAUGUCACGACACACAAAUACAAAGAGUAUGACAAAUAUAAAUCCGGCUUUAAGUCAGACAGAUGACAUUAUUUUGUAAAUAAUCUAAAUAUUUUUAUUUCUUUCCUCGCGGGUCAAAUUUCAUUAAUUUCGUCGAAUCAUUUUGUAGGAGUGUAGUGUGUUGUGCUAAUUGGCGUAUUUGGUUAAGCAAAAAUAUGAUAGCUCGACUGUGGACCGAUGACCUGCCAAAAUGUAGGAAUACAUGUGUAGCUUCGUAUUUCUCACGACUCGGUGGUAAUACUAAUAAUACAGAUGAUUACCUUUGCUUCCAUUGCCAAACGGAAGAUAAUUCUUGCUUGUAUGGUGUGUUUGAACCGCACAAUGGGUUGGAAGCAGCAAGAUUUAUUAUGCAAAGAAUGGCUGCUGAAAUAUUGUUUCCAUCUCCUUCUGCAAACAAUACUGAUGAAGAGAUUCGGGAACGGUUGAGGAAUGCUUUUGUUUCUGUAGAAAAAGCCUAUAUAGAGAAUUAUGAUGGACUAAUAGCAGAAAGGACAAGCCUACAGUAUCAACUCCCCCAGACGAUAAAUGAGCAACAGAUGUCACAAUAUGAUCACAUAGUGGCACGUCUCAAAGAAAUCGACCAACAUCUCUCUGGAGGUGCUACUGUGGUCAUAGCACUAGUUCUCAACGGGAAACUAUUCAUAGCUAACGUAGGGGAGACUCGAGCACUACUUGGUAGAACAGAUGAUAAUGCUGUAUUGAGAGUUAUACAGUUGACAGUGGAACACAGUUUGAAUAAUGAAGAUGAAUUGCUGAGACUGGAGCAGUUGGGACUUGAUGUUAAUAAAUUAAGAAAUGCUCAGUAUUUAGGCAAUCAAACAGGAACCCGUUGUUUAGGCAACUACUUAGUGAAAGGGUUAUACAAAGCAUUUCCUACAAUCAGCGCAGCAUCUUCGGAACCCGUAGUCGCCACGCCAGAGAUACACGGGCCUAUUAUACUAGACGAGUCUUGCAGAUUCCUCGUUUUGGUCAGCGCUGGAGUCUACAAACGCAUACAAGAAGCCAAAGGUAGCAGUGAACAAACCAACAAGCAACUAUCCCAAAUCAUUGUUGAAAACUUCAGAAAGCAAACAAACUUCAAAAACGUUAGCCAGUCAGUCCUCGAAGAGAUAGAGGAAGAAUUCGUAUCAUACUGUGUGAAAAACAAUUUGACACCAAAACCGAACACUCACAUGUCAUUGCUGAUAAGAAACUUCAACUUUUUGCCACCGAUCGAAGAGAGCGUACAGAGAAACACAUCUGUGAGAUUCAAUCCGAUAGUGCAAUCGAAAUCUACUACGUUACUGAAUGAAAUUGAUUCUGAGCAGUAUUCGUCAGGUAAUGAAAUAGAAACGAACGAAUCUACUGUGGAUACCAAUCGUUCGGUGGAGUCCUCAUCAGAUAUCCUGUAUCCGACUAGGCAGUUCGAUAAGGAUAGAAAGAUCAAAGGCUAUGUUGAUUUCUCUUGUUACUAUGAGAACGUUGCGAAGGCGCGCAAGAAUGGCACCUUGCCCGGUUUUAUUAAAUAGUUUUUGUUUUACCAUUAAAUGGUGGAUACAUUUUUUUACACCAUGAGAUUCAGUGUUUACACAGAGAAUAGACUGAGCGAGUAUUGACCGCACGAUCGCUUCGUCCCUCUCGCAGUUAUCUGCCAAAGGGGGUAGCGGGUUAAGGGGGGUCUGGCGGCCCCCACUGAAUCUGGUAAAAUCGUUCCAAAAAUCUUGAAGAGGGCCGAAAAACAAGCAGUAUAAGCUUUUUACCGACAUUGCAACCCGG